AUGUCCUGUCGCUUUGAGAAACACGGUUCUGCUGCUACUGGUGCUGGUGGGCACGACCAUGACCACCAUCACAGCCAUGACCAUGCAAGUGAUUCUUCUCAUUCCCACUCUCAUGACCAAGCACCUAAGCUAACCAGCAGUCAAAAGUACAAUCUUACAAAGUACGAAGGGUGGACCCAGACUGAUAUUGAGCAUGGCCAUCGCCAUGAACAGAUCGAUACAGCAGGCAAGUUUACAGAGCGUGCAUUGCCUGUUUAUGAUACACGCGACUGGGAAGAGCGCACAUUCACCGUGGGUAUCGGGGGCCCUGUUGGAUCCGGCAAGACAGCACUGAUGUUAGAGCUGUGUAGGCGCCUUUCAAAGGACUAUAGCCUGGCUUGCGUCACAAACGAUAUUUUCACAACCGAGGAUACUGACUUUUUGGUCAGAAAUAAGGCCUUAGAGGACCCCGAACGCAUCGUGGCUAUUGAAACUGGUGGAUGCCCCCAUGCCGCUAUUCGAGAGGAUAUCUCUGCUAACUUGGCUGCCUUAGAACAACUACAGGCUAAGUUCAAUCCAGAGCUAUUGCUCAUUGAAAGCGGAGGAGACAAUUUGGCUGCAAAUUAUUCACGUGAGCUGGCAGACUAUAUCAUUUAUGUUAUCGACGUUGCUGGGGGAGAUAAAGUCCCCCGCAAGGGUGGUCCUGGAACCAGUCAAUCUGAUUUGCUUGUCAUCAAUAAGACGGACCUUGCAGAGAUUGUAGGUGCCAAUUUGGAUGUUAUGGCCAGGGAUGCUGCCAAGAUGCGUGGUCCUGGGCCUACCGUCUUUGCGCAGGUCAAAAACGGCGUUGGAAUGACCGAAAUCAUCGAGCACAUCCUUAAUGCAUAUGCGGAGAGUGGAGCCAAAAAAAGUACCCAAUAA